AUGCGUUCCAUCAACGGUACCAUAUGUGUUGCAUCAAGCACCCGAGCCUCUAACAGUAACGGAGGUCGCCACCGUGUGUACUACGGAGUGAGGCGUAGGAGCAGUGGAAAAUGGGUUUCUGAAAUCCGUGAGCCCAGAAAACCUAACAUGAUUUGGUUAGGGACAUUUGCCACCCCUGAAAUGGCGGUUAUUGCCUAUGACGUGGCAGCGCUUGCUCUUAAGGGAAAGGAUGCCGAACUCAACUUCCCUGACUCCGCCUCUUCUUUUCCCGUUCCUUCUUCAUCCGCUGCUUGUGACAUUCAGAUGGUUGCGGCCAGUGCUACAGCUGCCGUCGGAGCAGCUAAUGAUGCAUUGAGUGAAGGAAGCCGAGGAGGGAAUGUUUCGGUUUCAAUGGCACAAGAGUUUCGGCUUCUCAACGUUGGGUGGAAUUCCUUCUAAAAACUGGAACGGGAUACGCGAUUUCUGGAAUCGGAUACGCGAUUUGUGGAACCAAUACAACGUGUGGAAUUUCUUCUAACCACAGCAACCGGAUACGCCCAUUUCUAGA